CAAAGUAAUGGAGGAAUCAAAUUGGAAACCUUUUAAAAAGAAAGCUAAACUCAAUAUUUUUUGAGUUCUUAAGCGUUCCCGGCAACUCUCCCCUUACUUCUGUGUUCAUCCUAAAACCCUAACAAUGGCAACAGAAACUCUAAAGCAAUUCCACAGGCUUCCACAAUCAACCUACGUCGACGCCCUCCGGUUUCUACCUCCUCUCUCCGCCUUCGACCGCUACGUUGUUGUAGCGUCAUUCAACUCCGACUCCGACGAAACCUCCAUCGAGAUUCAUGCCUUAAACCCUUCAACCCCGCCGAUUCUAACCCUGCAAUCUUCAUUCACAUUGUCCUCCAGAAUAUCGUCCCUAAAAGUUGCACAAAAGUCCCUCCAAAACCCCCUAAUUGCUGCUUCCACCUUCGCUGGCUCCCUUCACGUUCUUUUUCCAAACCCUAUCGACGUAUCAUUUGAAUCCGAGGUUUCUAUACCCGAGAAGACCUUACAUUUGGGACCAAUUACGUGCCUGGAUUUGCAGGAAAAUGGUUCGGCAUGUGUGAGUGUUGGAGAAGAUGGGAGAGUGAACUUGAUCAGUGUUGGCGAUUCGGGGUUGGAUUAUCGUCGGAUUUUUGAUAGUAAAGGGUUAGUUUCUUAUACCGCAUCCCGAUGGGCGUCUCCCACCGAGUUUGCUACGGGUGGAUUGGGGAAUUCUCUUCAGUGGUGGGAUCAGAGGAGACCUGGAGGGCCAGUUUCACAGUUUAAGGGCAACUGGUCUCAAGGAGCUGCUUCAGGGGUGGUCCACUCUAUCGAUAUUCAUCCAUCACGAAAGCACACAUGCCUGGCAGGAGGCUCUUAUGGUACUGUAUUUGCAUGGGAUCUUCGGAGGCCACAGCAGCCAAUAGUCCUUUCAGGAAUUGAUGCUGGUGAGCCAAUGUCUAGCUCUAGCAUAUCUGAAAGUGAGGUAUGGGAGGUUCAAUAUGACACUUUUAUGAGCGCUUCAAAUCGUGCUAAUAUAUCGUCCGAACGAGUCUUGCCUGUUAUGAUUUGUUCAGAAGAUGGGAUUCUUGCCGUUAUUAAGCAAGGUGAUGAACCUACCGAGCUAUUGGCCGAAAACUGUGCCAUCAAUAGCUUUGACAUUGAUCGACAGAACCCUUCGGAUGUCAUCUGCAGUCAUGAAUGGGAGUCCAUUGCUUUCUUGACGAGGGCAUAGCUUUGAACGAUCGAUACGAAGUAUUGUUGUCUCUCUUUGUGCUUUUUAUAUCUGUUCUAAAUUUUUAGGCAUAUCAUCUAGUUCUUGUUAGAUGAAGAUGAAAACGGAUGGUUAAACAUAAUGAACAAUUGUUGGCUUAACUGAAUGCA